GACCUAAGAGUCACAUGACAUUUCAAAACACGAGAUGCAAUCACAAGAAGUACUCAGGUGCAUGAGGAAGUAAAUAAAAGACAGCACACACUGAUACAGCGUAAUACAUUAUCACGCCCCAUGAUGUCCGUCCUAUAUCCGUUGCUUCUUAGCCUUCUUUCCAUUCUAACUGUUGUUUAUGGGGCUCCAUCAGAAGAUCUGAUAGUUGCACUGCCAGGAUUGAAGAACCCUCUUCCAUGGAAACAAUACUCAGGAUACUUGAAUGGAACAGAGAAGAAACACCUUCAUUACUGGUACUUGGAGUCUUCCAGUCCAACCCAAGCAUCAGACCCUGUUGUGUUGUGGAUGAAUGGAGGACCAGGAUGUAGUUCUGAUCUAGGACUUCUGUCAGAGCACGGGCCGUUCAGGGUUGCUCCAGAUGGGGAAACAUUGACAUUGAAUCCAUACAGCUGGAAUAAGGUUGCCAACAUGCUGUAUUUAGAGGCACCAGCUGGAGUGGGCUUCUCCUACGCUGAUGAUAAAGAGUACAAAACAGAUGAUGACCAGGUCUCCCUUGAUAAUUAUUUUGCUCUGAAAGAUUUCUUCAGCAAAUUUCCAGAAUUGGCCAAAAAUGAUUUUUUCAUAACCGGUGAAAGUUAUGGUGGAAUUUAUGUACCAACCCUUUCCCAGCGAGUUAUUAAGGACCCCGGUAUAAACUUCAAGGGAUUCGCUGUGGGUAACGGAUUGUCGGACUAUGGAAUGAACACAGACUCCCUCAUAUAUUUUGCCUAUAAUCAUGGAUUGAUUGGACAAAAGUGAGUUUUUGAUUUGGCA